UUACCGAUUUCGAAAAUGAAGACGUUAAGAACGUGCUCCGUAGUGCAAGCGGUAGCCAUUUUGGGUAGCCUGCUAACAGUCGCGAGUGCUCUGCCGCAACGUAGCAACUCACCCACACCACGGAUUGCCGGCGGUGAGGAUGCGGCCGACGGUCAGUUUCCCUUUCAGGUGGCACUCAUCAACGAGGGACUUGUGUACUGUGGCGGCACUGUGAUCAACCGGCGCUGGGUGCUGACGGCUGCCGCCUGUAUUACCGGAAAAGCGCUCUCGGAUGUGCAGCUGUUCGUCGGCAGUGCCGAUCGGCUUUCCGGUGGACGUAACGUGACCGCGGAACGAUUCGUUCUGCACCCCGGCUUUGACUCGCAAACGUACGCAAACGACAUUGCGCUCGUACGGUUGGUGGAGUCCCUGUCGUUCACCGGUGACCAACUGCAGCCUGCACCUCUCGGAACCGAUUUCUUCGAAACGGCUAGGAACGCCACCGUGUCCGGAUGGGGUCGAUUCUCGAUUUCAAACAAUCAACUCCCGACGCGCCUGCAGUUCAUCCAAACGGACAUUAUCGACAGCGACCUGUGUGCGGAUGAGUUCGAGGAGCCAUACCGCAGCCGAAUCUCCGACCGUACCAUCUGCACCAGCAAUCAGCCCGCUCAGGGCGUCUGUCUGGGUGAUGCCGGCGGUCCACUCGUGCUGGACGGUGUCCUGGUCGGUGUCCAGUCCUGGAGCAUACCGUGCGGCUUGGGUUUGCCCGAUGUGUACGAGCGCGUAUCGCACCAUCGGCCAUGGAUUCUGGCCAUCACACUUCUGUAG